AUGCUGAGGCCGAGGCGAGCAAUGCGAUCGCCAACCUGCUGGAGAAUCCGGUUGGCUAGGGUCUCCAACUCAGCAAUCGCCUUGGACGAGACUAUUAUGAGGGUGUCGUCAAAAAAUCCCAAAAUCUUAGCUCCACGCGGUAGCCCCUCCCUUAGGACGGAAUCAGAAGAAUUGAUUAAAAAGAUUGAUGACGUGAUUCAUACACAAAGUGAUUAUUUUAAAAAAUACGUCGAAGAAAGACACAAUGAGCUUUUUACUAAAAACGAAUUACAUCUAAAAAACAUACUAAACAAUGUGCAAGAAAAUACUGGAAAGUCCUUAAUUGAAGAAUGCAAUAAGACAUUUAUUCAAAAUAUUUCAAAUACUGAACAAAUGUGUGCAGACAAUUUUCAUAAAUUUAAAAAAGAUUUAGAGGACUAUACAGAUUUAUUUAAACAUAAAAUACAGUCGGAACUUGACGAAAUGUCAAACAAAAUAAAAAAAGAUUUCUUUAAAAAAUUCGAAACAAUAACCGAUGGUUGGAACCAAACAUUAGUAUCGUAUAAAAACGUUGAGUUGGAAAACGUAAAACAUAAUUUUGAACAAACUACAGAAAAUAUUAAACGUGAUAUGAAUAUUGAGAUGCAACAAAUUCACAUACAAUUUCAAGAAAAACUCAAAGUUGUAUCCGAAGAUAAAUUAAAUAGUAUUGCUGAGCAUUUGGAUGUAGCUUUGAGAGAAGAAAUCAAUUUAGUUAAACAUCGUGUCAACGAAAGUUCUGAACAUUAUAUAAAUAAUAAAACUACGAAAAAUAUACCACAAUCAAAAUUAUACGGUGAUUGUUUAGAUCGUACAGAAUUGAAUUUACUAUAUCAAACUGAAGGUUUGCAUGGGGUUCACUGUAACAACAUAAGAAAAAAAAUUCAACACUGUUCGGAUGAAUUAAACGAUGCUCUAAAAUUGGUUAACUUAAUGUCAUCAACAAAUGAAUACAUUGCAAGAGAACAGUACACGGAUUUAUGCCCAAAUAAAUGUUCAGUUUCAUGUCAAACCGAGAAUAUAACUAAUUCGGAUAAUAAAUCAAGUMCCAAAGAAUUUAUAUAUCCGGCCGAGUCGUCAAUGURUUUACAAGAUGUUAACAGAAAAUACGCUAGUUAUUUGGACCAAGCAAAGAUUUCUGAAAAUCUAUGUUCCGACUACUUGCAAUCAUAUUCUCAACAACUUGAUUACAGCCCGUUACAUACUUUAAGUCAGCAAGAGUUAAAAGUUAAGGCCGCAGAACAAAAUAUAUGCCGUUUAAUCGAUAAGUUUAACAAUUUCCAACACGAGAAUGUCAUCAAUCAUAUUCCUAUCAAUACUAAUAUUUCUGAUGAGUACAAGUAUACCAGUAUUUAUCAAGCGCUGACACCAAAACAAAUAGCAUACAAUCGGACGAAACAUUUAAGAGAAUGGCUUUACAAUAAAGACUUGAAAAAUAAAAAUAAUCGAAUUCUCUAGUGUUAGGUUUAAGUUACUU